AUGUCUUCCUCGCACACCAUCACUCAAGGCGACCUCGUUCUUGUGACCGGCGCUUCCGGCUACAUCGCUGCCCACACUGCUCGGGAAUACCUUAAACAGGGAUUCAACGUACGAGGGACUGUACGAUCAGACGACAAAGGCGAAUACCUUAGGAACCUCUUCAAAGACUUGCCCGGAAAGUUCACGUAUGUGAUUGUCAAAGACAUCGCCCAGGAAGGUGCAUUCGAUGAAGCUGUCAAGGGUGUAGACGCCGUUGCCCAUACGGCUUCUCCAUUCUCCAUCACCAAGGUUGAAGACCCUCAAGAUCUUAUCAACCCUGCAGUCCAAGGUACCAUCGGUAUCUUAAAGAGUGUUCAAAAAAACAACCCGUCUAUCAAGAGGAUUGUAGUCACCUCAUCUGUAGUCGCCAUCAUGAGUGUUAUCUCCAAUAAGCCUCCCCACCACUACACCGAGGCCGAUUGGAACGUGGACUCCAUCCCUUACAUCGAAGAGCAUGGUACAAAGGAUGGUGGAUCGCAUGCUUACUUUGCGAGUAAGACCUUUGCCGAGAAGGCGCUUUGGGACUUUAUCGAAAAAGAGAAGCCUUCCUGGGAUGUAGCAACCAUCAACCCUUCCCUCGUUUUCGGAGAGGUCAUUCAUCAGUGCGACAAGCCUGAGAGCUUGAAUCAAUCUGUCGCUAUGUUCUAUCAUUACGCUACUGGUCAAGUUCCGGAAUCUGAUCUCUUGAAACCUAUCGCCCCAGGGGUCGACGUCAAGGAUGUCGCUUUUGCCCACGUGCGCGCUCACAUUGUUCCCGAAGCCAGUGGACAGAGAUUCAUCCUCAGCAACGGGAGCGCCACUGGUCAAGACAUUGUCGACUCUAUUCACAAGAACUUCCCUGAUGCCAACAAAAACAUCCCUGUCGGUACGCCAGGAGCCGGAGAAGCUGUCAACAAGGAGCAGAAUUAUAUGGAUGGCUCCAAGGCCGCCAGAGUGCUGGGGAUCAAGUACAUGAGCCUCGAGGACUCGUUCAAGGAGACCUUUGUAAGCCUUCGACAGAGGUUUGGGACCAUCUAG